CCUUGGACACAGAAAGUUUUUUAAGGACUUCAGAAAAUCUGUUCUUAUACUAAAAUAAAAUAUUAAUCGUCCAAAUUAAUAUGUGCUCAAUAUAUAAAUUUUAUAUUAUCCAAACAUUAAUUAUUUAUACAGUUACUACAAAUGUUUACGUAUCAUCGUUCACAAACGAUACAACAUAUUUUCAAACAAGACAACUCAGUGGCCAACAAUAUGGUUUAGACUAUAAUUUACAAAAUCAAACAAAAUAUGAUGAAAAGAUUGCUGACCGAUCAAGAACACUAUUCGAUUGGGAUAGUCCAAGUGCAUCAAAAGAUACAAGAGUUGUAUCAAAAGAAGAAAUAAAAGUUCAUUCAAAAGGUAUUGAUAAAAAUUUGGAAACUGAAAGAAUUGAGAACAAUGUCUGGUGGCCAUGGAAAAACUAUGACGAUUGGCUGAAUGGUAGGGGAUUAAAAUCAGAACAACCAAAAAAACCAGAAAAGAAGACUCGAAAGGAAAAAAAACAUAAAAAAAAAAACCGAAAAAAUGAAAAGAAGAAAAAGAAGGCAAAACUAGGUAAAAAAUUAAACGUUACAGUCAAAAGCAGUGGUCCCUUUUCGGUCAAUAUUGAAGACAACGAAAUUAUAAAAAAAGAAUCGAUACCUGAAAUACUUUACGAAGCGUCACCGAUUGAUAUAAUUUUAAGAAAUUCUUCUUUAGUUCCAACCUUGGUAAAAUAUACAUCAAGAAACUAUACUUAUGAUAUAAACGAAUGCUUGACAAAUAACGGAGGCUGUGAAGGACUUUGUAUCAACACUCCAGGAUCGUACAGGUGUCAUUGUCCGCCUGGCUUUAUGGUAGCUGACACCAAAUGCGAAGACAUCGACGAGUGCCUGUUGCGCAACGGACACGGGCCGUGCCAGGGGACGUGCACCAACACCUGGGGCGGGUACAAGUGUUCGUGUCACGGCAUACCGGGCACCAGGCUGGCCGACGACCGGCACACUUGCGACGACGUGGACGAGUGUCGGGACGGCACGGCCGGGUGUUCGCACCAGUGCAUCAACACCGUGGGAUCCGCGUUCUGCGUGUGCCCGGACGGGUUGCAGCUAGACGACGGGUGGAAAACGUGCGUGGACGUGGACGAGUGUUCGGACCCGGAGCUGCAGCGGUCGCCGAACGUCUGCUCCGAGCGCGGUCUGACGUGUCUCAACACGUACGGUUCGUACGAAUGCGCGUGACGUACCGUGUGUGCGCAUUUCCCGUCCGCGCUCGUGGAUUACGCCUCUGUCGUGUCGUAGAGUGUCGACCAGUCGGUGACGCUGUGCGACGACAGAGAUAACGACCGCGUUACGACGAUAUUAACACGACACCGACAGCAACGCGUGCACCGAUUGAUUAAAACAUUUAAAACUCACAAAUUCAUAACCUUAAUCGACUAGUCACGAGUGCCGCCGUUGUCGUUGUUGUCGCUGCCGUUGUCGUCGAUGUUGGCUCUUGUUAUUAAUUAUUAUAUUAUAACCUAUUGGUCGCGUAUUGUUAUUAUAUUGUUAUCAUUAGCUUUUACUAUUU